GGACACCAUCCCCCAGCACUGAGAUCAGUGAAGAAGAUGUGCGCCAGGCCCAGACGGUGUGACACCAGCCUGUCUGAAAACCUGUGCUGACCAGCUGGCCCCCACCUUCACACAGAUCUUCAACAGAUCUCUGGAGUUGUGUGAAGUCCCUUCUUGCUUCAAACGCUCCACCAUCAUCCCUGUUCCAAAGAAACCCAAGAUAACAGGACUUAAUGACUACAGACCUGUGGCUCUAACGUCUGUUGUCAUGAAGUCAUUUGAAAAACUGGUUCUGGCUUAUCUGAAGGACAUCACUGGACCCUUACUGGACCCCCUGCAGUUUGCUUACCGAGCAAACAGGUCCGUGGAUGAUGCAGUCAACAUGGGACUGCAUUACAUCCUGCAACACCUGGACAAAUCAGGGUCUUAUGUGAGGAUCCUGUUUGUGGACUUUAGUUCGGCCUUCAACACCAUCAUCCCUACACUCCUCCAGACCAAACUAACCCAGCUCUCCAUCCGUAGCUCUAUCUGUCAGUGGAUCACCAGCUUUCUGACAGACAGGCAGCAGCUAGUGAGACUGGGGAGAUUCAUGUCAAACAGCCGCUCCACCAACACUGGUGCCCCUCAGAGAUGUGUUCUCUCCCCACUACUCUUCUCACUCUACACCAACGACUGCACCUCUAAAGACCCCUCUGUCAAGCUCCUGAAGUUUGCAGACGACACCACACUCAUCGGCCUCAUUCAGGACGGUGACGAGUCUGCCUACAGACAUGAGGUUAGAGAGCUGGCUGUCUGGUGCAGUAUAAACAACCUGGAGCUCAACACGCUCAAAACUGUGGAGAUGAUCAUGGACUUCAGGAGAAACCCCCACUCACCAUCAUGAACAGCACUGUGACUGCAGUGGAGACAUUUAAGUUCCUGGGAUCCAUCAUCUCUCAGGACCUGAAUUGGGACACUUACAUCAACUCCAUUGUAAAAAAAAAAGCCCAACAAAGGUUGUACUUCCUUCGCCAGCAGAGGAAGUUUAACCUGCCACAGGAGCUGCUGAAACAGUUCUACUCAGUCGUCAUUGAAUCUGUCCUGUGCACUUCAAUAACUGUCUGGUUUGGCUCAGCUACAAAAUCAGGGAUCAGAAGACUACAGAGAAAGGUUCGGACUGCUCAACGGAUUAUCGGUGCCCCCCUGCCCACCCUUCAAGAACUGUAUACAUCCAGAGUGAGGAAAAGGGCUCAGAAAAUCUCUCUGGAUCCUCACAUCCAAGUCAUCCCCUUUUUGAAUCUGGCCGGCGCUACAGAGCCCCAGUUACCAAGACAGCCAGGCACAAGAACAGUUUGUUCCCCCAGGCAAUCCCAUUAUGCAAUAACAAUGUGCAAUAACCUUCUUUAUUUGCGACCACCUCCAUCCUAGUACAUCCCUGCAUCUCCUUCUAUUCUAUCCCAUUCUGUCAUCUAUAGCACAACUGUACAUACAAUCAUUUGUUACAAAUGAUUUUUUUUUUCAUUUUUUUGUUUAUUUAUGUGUAUUUUUUAUUCUCAUCUUAUUUUUAUUGUCUGUGUCGUUGUUGUCUCUGUAAACUGGAAGCUUAUGACACUAAAACAAAUUCCUUGUAUGCGCAAGCAUACUUGGCAAUAAACGCUCUUUCUGAUUCUGACACCAUCCUAGACCGCAAUCCCACGUGAAGCUGUACAGAGACCCUCCGUCGCCCUCCCAUCCAGUAGGUCUUCCCUUCAGCGGGAGUCUCGGUCCAGUACGAGUGCUUCAUCGGGCACUGAGAGGAGCGCAUCCAGGUAUCCAUUUGAGACAUAAUCCGAUGUGAAUUGCAAUGAAGGGAAUUGUCUCUCCGCUUCUCCGUGUCCACCUUCUGCUUGUUCUAAUCCCUGAUUGCAGUCCCUGAUCCAGUGUGAAGAGGAAUGAAGGUAAGAAAAUACUUGAGCGCUAGAGUUCCAUAAGCUUAUGUAGGGGUUCUGCUUGUGACGUCACAAUGAAGAAUUUAGAACAUUACUGGACUCAGUCAAGAGUCACGUGACGUCGAUCAGAGCGAGAGUUUGAGGUUGUUUUUCUAGUUUAUGUGAUGGUAACUCUCGAAGUGUGUAAAAAUAUUUUUGUAAACCACGGAAGGAUUUUGCCUGUUUUUCAUGUUUAGUGUUUUUUUUUAUAUUUUAAGUUAUUAAAACUAAUUUACCACUGUAAAAACGUUUCUAUUAGCUAUCACAACUUACAUUUUAGCUUUUAUUUGAGAUAUCUUUAAUAAGUUAACUAAACUUAUUUUAAUUCAAGCAUGAAUACUUUAAGUUGAAACAGUGUAUUAUUAUUCUAUUGUUGAAUUUUAAGUUGUGAAAACUACUCACAGCAAUCAUUUUUUAUACAGGGAGGUUAGUUUUAGGUUAUUUAGUUCUUUAUUAAAGGAUUUGAGGUUUCUUUGUAUUUUUAAUCUUCCCCAUCUCUAAAAACUAUUACUUGUAACUCUUUACAAUAGCAAAGAGUAAGAAUACAAAAUCUGAGAUAACCUGAUUGCAGACACCAGGGUUGUAAAGUGAAAAAUCACUCAGAAACAUGAACAUAAUGUUGCUCUUAAAUGAGUUUCAUUAUAAACAAUGUUUUUUUUUUUUUUAUAAUUAUUGCAUGCAGAUUUCAAAAUCUUAAUUCUUAGUCUACAUGGAAUAUAUGCUUUAUGUGAAAAAAAGGUGAAAUUAUGACCAUAUCAAAAAUGGCAAAGAAUCGAUACAUUGCUAAAAACAAUUUUUUUAAAUGAACCGGUUUAAAAUGAUGCUCUCAACCAAAGAACAUUUGGUUGAGAGCAUCUCUGACUCGAAUGUGUGAAAAUAGAAAUAUUUUGAAACUAAUAAAAAUGGCAAAAGCACACAGAAUUACUAAAACUAA